AUCAGUGUCACUCGUUCAGUCUUCAAAUUGGUGUUGUGCUGGCGCCAACGAAAUUUUACAUACAAAAUACCAGUGUCAUUCAAAAAAAAAUUUGCAAGCUUUUUUGACGAAAAUGAAUUUCAUUCUGCGGAUAUUGUAUGUUGGCACCAUUUUAAAUGGUCUUCAAGCUGAAAAACCUGAUUCAUAUGAAUACGAUUCUACUACUUUGAACGACUAUGGCAGUGGUUCCGAGAUUUCAUCCAGUAUCUCAGAUUCAUCGGAAACGACUGACUACUAUAUAUCGACAUCUGCUGAUGACAUUUUUACAAGGGUCUCCUACAUUGAACACUUUUUGAGUUUCCUUUUUCCCGAUUUCCGUAGAAAAUGCGAUACCAACGAAUUUGCGUGUAAAAAUGGAAUGUGUAUACCGUCAUUUUGGCGAUGUGAUAAUUUUUCUGAUUGUUCGGAUAAAAGCGAUGAAUCGAAUUGUGCCAAAGUGACUACUUUAAUGCCUGAUGAUAGCACAACCGAAGCUUUACCAAAUACAAAUGGACACACAACUGAAUCAGAUGAGAGUGAUGAACCUUUUACACGUUCGAAUGACAUGAACAAAGAGCCACAUAGCUGAACAAUGAAUUUUUAUCGAAUUUGAGCUUGACAAUUUUUCGAAUCCUUUAUGCAACUACUAAAAUGAUAUAAAAAAAGUCGUAGAAAUUUGUUUAUUAU